AUGGAUAGUGAAGACCGUGCAGCUUUGGUUGGAAAGAACUCGAAUGACAUUGUCGCGGAGAUUUCGCCAAUGUUCAUCACCAAAGAUCAUCUGAGUAGCUUAAGCGGAACACAAUGGGUGGACGGAGAGGUCAUCAACUUGUACAUCAAGUUGAUCGAGCAGCGAUCUCUCCAAAAUCCGGGCAUGCUUCGAGUACAUGCAUUCAAUAGUUAUUUGUAUGAGAAGCUUCAAGAAGCAGGCCACGCUUCAGUCAAACGAUGGACGCGGAAAUGCAACAUUUUCAAGACAGACAUCAUCUUGUUCCCGAUCCACGUUGGCGGGACUCAUUGGACGCUGGCCUUUGCUGACACGAAGAAAAAGGUGCUCCGCUAUUGCGAUUCAAUGGGUGGAGAUAACCCGAAAUGCUUGUCGAUUCUUCUUGAGUACUUGAAGACCGAGCACGAGGUGAAGCAAAACUGUCCACUGAGCGAUGACUGGAAGUCCGAAUCGAUUUCAGAAGAAGUCCCCCGGCAAACGAAUUCUUACGAUUGUGCUAUAUUUUGCAUGACUAUUGCCGAAUAUAUUUCCCGCGAUGCGGCUUUCGAUUUUUGCGAAGAUGACAUGCCCAAUUUGAGAAAGUUGAUAGGGUCUCAACUUCUCAGAAAAAAACUUAUGGAGAGGCAAAAAGCUAUGGUGUUCAAGAGCAUCAUUGUGCACCAAAAGGAGUCGAUGCGAAAAUUGAAGAGGGAAAUGUGCUCCACCGAGCAAAAACAUCACCAACUGAUGGAAGAGUUCGGAAAAGAAAAACAUCAAGAAUACAUGGACAAAUCCGACGAGUUUGAAAAUCUUUUAGUCGAGGAAAAACAAGCGCAAAACAAGAAGGAUGAGCGGUUCCUUUCCCGGCUGAAGACGGCAGAGUCAGAAAUCGUCGAGCUUAAAGAGACACUCGAAACUUUGCUCAAAUAG